AUGAAGCUCUUUGAAUCCACACACACCUUUUUUUACAAUUGGUCUCAUGUUUCAGCUGCAAAUUGGUGUAAAUAUCCAAAUGAAAAAUGUCCGCACGUUAUCGCUAUCGAUGUAUUAGACAGACAUGUGGACCCGGAAACCGGUAUACUUCGAACGGAAAGAUUGAUAACAUGUCGACAAAAUGUACCAAGGCUAUUAAGCAGGUUGUGUGGAGGUAACUCAGUGAUCUACGCAAGGGAGGUCAGCGAGAUUGACCCAAAAAACAAGGUGCUAAGGAUGACCAGUUGUAAUUUGUCUAUGAAUAACUUGAUUAACGUGUCAGAAACCGUCACAUACACAGAAGAUCCCUCGGAUUCAUCAAAAACCUUAUUUAAACAAGAGGCUCGUAUUAAAUGCGGCGAGUCCAUUUCACGAUUUGCGAAUUAUAUUGAGGAUUUUUUUAUUCAAAGAUUUAGAGAUAAUGCGGCUAUGGGAAAGCAAGGGUUUGAAAAUGUUCUAGAUCGAUUGACUAGGCAAGGAGAAACUCUUUUGCUUCAUAAAAAAGUUUAG